AUGUCCUUUCUUUUACGCUUCUUCCUAUUUGCAGUGACACUAUUCUGCACCAGGGGUUCAUUUGUCAGUGGAGCCUAUGUGAGGGAAACGCUGGUGCUCACGGAAGAAGUUGGUGCCCCCAAUGGCCAACCGCGGGACAUGAUUAUGAUCAAUGGGCAAAUGCCUGGACCCCAAUUGAUUUUUGACGAGAAUGACGAUGUCGAGAUUACGGUACAAAACAACAUGCCCCAAAACGCCACCAUCCACUGGCAUGGUCUGUUGUAUGCUAUGCUGCCUCGCAAGGGCACACCUUGGUCUGAUGGCGUGCCUGGGCUGUCACAAAAGCCGAUCGAGCCCGGGCAGAGCUUCAUCUACCGGUUCAAAGCGUAUCCUCCCGGGCAAUACUGGUAUCACUCACACUCUCGAUCCACGCUGUUGGAUGGCCUGCACGGAGCAUUGUUCAUUCGUCACAAGCCCGACGCCCCAGCACCAUGGUCGUUGAUCAGCAAAGAACCCGACGACAUUGCCGCCAUGAGCAAUGCAGCCAGUAGUCCUCACAUUCUCGUACUAUCCGACUGGGAUCAGUAUACAUCAACCGAGUACAUGAAGGCUAACGAAGACAGCCGCGUUCAAAUCUUCUGCGUUGAUAGCAUCCUCAUCAAUGGCAAAGGAAGCGUCAACUGCCCCGGGCAGCCCUAUAUAACAUCCAUUCAAUCUGCCUUUAUGAAUGCCAGUUGGCCAAACACGACCGUCUCUGACAAGGGCUGCUUCCCCUUUGUCCCCAAGACCCAAGGCCCCUGGCUUGACCAAGCCGACCUCUCCCGCAUCCCACCGCGUCUGCAAGAAGGCUGUGUGCCCUCAAACGGCACCCACGAAGUCAUCGAAGUAGACCCGGCCGAUAAAUGGGCGAGCAUCAACUUUGUCAGCGCGUCCACGUUCAAAGUCAUCUCCGCCGCCAUUGAUGCACACGAAUUCUACGUCUACGAGGUCGACGGGCAAUACAUUGAGCCACAGCGCGUCGACACCAUUCUCGCCUUUGCCGGCGAGCGCUACUCGGUCAUGAUCAAACUCGACAAGGACCCGGCAGACUACCCCAUCCGCCUCCCUGACGGCGGUUUCACCCAAAUCAUCUACUCCUCGGCCACCCUGCGCUACAAGUCCAAUUCUUCCGUCCCCAAGCUUGCCUACAACGGCGACUACCUCAACAACGCCACCGUCCUCGACGUGCUCAACAUGCCCCCCUUUCCGUCCACGAUAACGCCGUCCCUGACCUCGGACGCCAUGCAUUUGCUUGACCUUGGCAAAGCCAACUCGAGCUGGCGCUUCACCAUGAGCGGCAAAGCCCUCUACAUUCAAGACCGCGACGCCUACACGCCGCUCCUCUACAACCCGUCCUUGCCCGAUGCUUUCGACCCGGAACUUGUCAUUCGCACACAAAACGGGACCUGGGUCGACCUCGUUUUGCAAGUCGGCUGGGACCCGCGCUGGCCCAACGACUUCCCGCACGCCGCCCACAAGCACUCGAACAAGUUCUGGCAGAUUGGCGUCGGCGCCGGCAUCUGGAACUACAGUUCCGUUGACGAAGCCAUCAAGGCCAACGCGUCCAAUUUCAAUCUUGUCAACCCGCCCUAUCGCGAUACCUUUAUGACCGCGUUUGGCGGGCCCAAUUGGCGAGUCCUGCGAUAUCAAGUGAUGAACCCCGGCGCGUGGCUGUUUCAUUGUCAUUUGGAAGAGCAUUUGGCCUCGGGCAUGGCCGUUGCCAUUCUUGACGGGGUCGAUGCCUGGCCCGAGAUUCCAGCAGAGUAUGGGGUUGACCAGAAGGGGCAUAUGCCGCUGUGA